AUGUCAGAUGAUCAGAGCAUCAUAGAUACAAUCAAUCUGGCAAUUAAGAGUCAGGAAGAGAUGAGGAACCAAUUAUUGAACGAAAUACAGCAGCUUGAGAAGCAGAACAACGCUCCAUCAAGAGCAGAAGCAACAAUUAGAUUUUACAAAUCCUCCCUCGAGCAUUUAGAGGUAGAAAAGCAGACACUUAACGAGAAAAUCCAUCAGCUAAAACAAGUAGAAUAUCCUCCUCUCCAACAGAAGCUUCAAAGAAUGACACAAAAGAAUCAAUCGGUCGAGGCUAGAAUCAAAAGCCUUAAAAAGGUUAGACAAGAAGACAUUCUGAAGAAAAUGGAAACACCAGAAAAGGCUAAAAAGCAAACCUUAAAUUACAUAGAAAAACUGAAUAAGGAAAUCCAAGACUUAAUAAAGGAAGAAGGCAAUAUAAAUAAGAAGAUCGAUGAAUCAAAGGGUAAGCUUCAUAGACUUCAGCAGGCUAAUCUUACUACACAACGUCAGGCUGCAAAUACAUCCUGGGCUUCGGAAAUCAGCGAUGAAGCUAAACUGAAUUCAAUCACGAUCGCCAGACCAGGAAAACGGCCAGCCAGAUCGUUGAAGGCACGUAAUUCUGCUUAUUUACCACCAGAUCCAACUAGAUUUUCACCUUAUUUUUAA